ACAUACUUCACUGCACUACAAGCCCAUCCGUCUCACCCAGUUUGCCGUCUCGUAGCCGAAACCCUUCGAGCUCCUCUAUUGGUCCAAGUUUGUCUAAUCUUUCUUCGGCUUCGACACAUCCCAAUUCACAUUCGCCCACGCCUGCACGCACACCAACGCCAACCCUACCUCUUCAGUCCAGCCAUCUUCAACAGCAGCAUCAACAUCAUCCGCAGUCUCACCAGCACGUUCAGAUGCCCUCGACAUCGUCCUCGUCUUCCAGCCACCCUAUCUGUACCACGUUAACUGGCUUGGCACAUCCAGGCAGCAGGCCAUCAUCCGCUCAUUCCAAUUUACCUAGUCCAAUGGCUUCGGCGUCUGCUUCUCAGUCGCCGUCUAGUCAACUAUCUCAGACGCCGCAACCAGAACAAUUUACUACCUAUCCAUCUCAGCCUGGUACUCCUGCCAACCUCCAUCAGACACACGUCCACAGUCAUCAAUUGCAGCAGCAACAUCAGCAUUUUCACCAACAUCCUUCUCCUGCCUCGCUGCAUACUCAAUUACCUAUCGCUCCUGCAUAUACAACAUCGCCUUCUACCUGCCAAACCACUGCUCAUUCACCCAGCAUGUCAAGAUAUCAAGCUUCGACCCCUAAUGCUUCAGUGAUGGUUCAAUAUUCACAACAGUCACUCCAGACGAAUGUAAUGGCUGGAAACAGCUCCCUUGGUAGCCCGGCCUCAGUGCCUUCUACGCAUUCCCACAUUGCCGGUACUUCUCCUCUAGCCUCUGGACUCUCCAGCCUCAAUGGUAACACUGGCAGCUAUCCCCCGCUGACUAAUAAUGUUCAAUCCCCUCAGAUCACCGCUCCAAGCCAGCUACCUAUAUUAGCAUCCCAUACUCCUUCAACUUCCACACUUUUGAAUCAUACGCAACAGCAGAAUCAAUCAGCAAUUUCAGACGUCGCUACAUCUCUUUCUCACUCACCAUCCUGCCAGACUGCUCUUCUGUUGAAUCCAACUUCUAGCUCUGCUCUAUCUGGUACUACCAUUGCUAGCCCUUCGAUAGCCUCUGCUUUGGCACAGGGUGCUGCCUUUUCCACUCCAUCUUCUUCAUCUUGUCUCACUGUGUCUCGACCAGGGCAGACUAUGACUACAAGUACAGGAUGCAUGAAUUCUCCAGGAAGUAUAUCGGCAGUCACAAUCACAGCAACAGUCGCCGCGUCAUCCCCUACAAUACCUGGAUACUGCGUCGUCUCAUCUUCACCUGCUGCUCGACUUACCCAGCUUCAUCAUCCACCGCCCCCACCUCCGCCUACUUGGCCACCUACUCAUAUUAUUCAAACUACCCAACAGUGUAGACCGAUGGCUGGGACCUCUUCCACACCUGGCCCCUCGUCCUCAACUUAUCUGAUCGGGACACAAACGCAAUCUUCUGCUGUUCAUCAACCUUAUUCUUCUAUGCACCCCCCACCACCCCCCGUUCAGACUUCAGCAUCCCAGCAACAUCUUCAUUUAUCUUUACAGAGCCCUCCACAAACGAAUAUCCAAGGCUCAGGCACUCAGUUUCAUUUUUCGCAACUUCAACACCAUCCACAACAAUUCCAACAGGUUCAGCAGCAGCAACAGAUUCAGUAUAGUCAAGGAAGCAACCAACAACAGUUGCAUCAGCAAGUAUCACCUCAACAAUUUGGCCAUACUCAAAACCAAUCAGGUAAUCUCAGCCCCAUUCAGACCCAAGUGCGCCACAACCAGUUGCAGCAAAAUCAGAAUCAACAACAAUUAUCUCAUUCACAACAAUCUCCCAAUUCUCAUUUACUUACUCACCCAAAUCAUCAGCAUCACCUUUUUCACAGUCAUCAUCAUCCAUUGCAACAACAACAAUCACUUUAUCAGCAAAUUUCCCGGGUCAGCCCGUCCGCCUCUCCUGUCAAUGCGCCCGCUCCUCAAACGCCUACGCCACCGCCGUAUGCUUGCACGCAACUCGGUCUCUCACCUAGUACUCCUCAGUCUCGUUCGAUCAUCAGCUCCCCUUCU